CCCUGUAAAGCGGAGGAUCUGCGUCUACCUUUCCAUUGUCUAGGGCCCCAUGUGUCAAAACCGAGCUUCUGCGUUCUUAUAUACCGACACUGCAUCAUGGAGAAUUCAACAACAAACGGUACAAACGGGACCCUAGUAGGCAACAUUACGACGUUGUCAACAUGGUCAGGUAGUGAGAGUACCACUGACAGUUAUUUCACAACAACCGGUCUCGGGGACAUCCAUUUACUUCUCCCAACCAUAAAUUAUUCCAAUUACUCUUUGGAAACUUACAAAACAAUCUACUGGUCAGUAUCGGCAUCUUCCCUGAUGCUUGUUUUACUCGCCUGUAUCUGCCUCCAAACUUACGUUUACAGGAAAGGAAAAAAUAAAAUAUAUGCUGGUUUGACGAGGGAGAAAACCAUGGCCAUCAAAACAUCAGUGGAAAUAGAAGAAGAUGAAGACUUGUGCGUGUGGUCUGUAAAGAUACUCGUGGAAAUAGAGCGUCCUCUAUUGGUGGAUGUUUUCAAAUGGGCAGGCGUUUGUGCAUUUUGUACCGGGCUAUUGCUGGCGAUUCCUGCAAGAUAUGCAUUAAUUCCACUACUCCUGUAUGACGUAUCACAAGCCAUUCACGUAUGUGUGUUGUAUACGAAAAAGAUGGAAAACAAGGACAAAAAUGCUGUAUUUCAAGAUGUUAAACGCGUUCGUCUUUCGUAUACACUUUUUGCUGGAUUUCCCGCUGGAUCAGCGGCAAAGAUUCUUGGCACACUCUGGCUGGACGGAAUAUGGGACAGUUGGGGCUAUUCAGAUUUUGGCUUUACUAUUCUCUUCGCACCUCAUACAAUCCUUAUUUUUAUUGCUGCACCAAUUGUGUUUUUCACAUUUUGCUGCGCAUGUUGCAAGUGCAGUGAAUCAGAACCGUGGGAGGAAGAAAGUGUCACGACAGUUGAUGUCAGUGGCCAGAUUUGGGACGAGGUCAGUCAUAUGAUGAGAGAGUCUUGGUCUAAAAACAAAAUGCUUAUCCGCGGAAGAGACAAUAGAGAUCACAUUGAUUUUAAGAUAACGAAGAUUCAGCGUGUCGAGAACCCCCGACUGUGGAGCCAAUAUUUUUGCAAAUUACAAGAUUUAUCCAGAAAAUGUGCACGAAAUCCCAUUGACAGAGCGCCAUGGAUGCACGCCUAUACGUGCCAGCUUUCCGGAAUCUUAAAUGGGCGCCUUAAAAAUGAACUGAAUGAAUACUAUUUAUUUCACGGGACGAGCGCAGAUGUUGCUGAAGCAAUAUGUGCCACUGGACUUGAUUUUAGGAUUGGAAGCGAGGGACUCUUUGGGAAGGGUAUAUACCUUGCAGAAAAUUCCUCGAAGUCGGACCAAUAUGGAAAACUAAAUAAAGAUUGCCGCGGAACAAAAGGAAUAAAAAUGUUCCUUGUUCGUGCCUGCAUCGGUCGACCAUAUCUCACACGUGAAAAGAAACAAUUUCCACGGCCUCCUUGUACUGUUAAAGGCUGCAUGCAAGUCUUAUGUACCCACACCAGUCAUUUUGACUCCGUGAUAGCAGACGUUUCCAAUAUGUUGUACAGAGAGUUCAUUGUUUACGAGAAAACAAUGUGUUAUCCUGAAUAUAUCAUCACGUACGACAGAAUAUACAUGUAG